AAAAAAACACCUGUCUUCUAUCCCGUGUGCGAACAACAUUCACUAUGUAACCGUGAGAUAGGUGAUCACGCGACCACCACUCGCAGGACGAUGGUGCGCGAUGCGGAUCCAGGUCCCGACGCGUGUAACCUGAAGGCAGUUCUCGCAGGGAGGGAGAGAAUGAGCGACGCUCGGUUGGCCGCUAACAAGUGCCAACGGAAUCGUCCUUUACACCGGCGAAAUUGAACCUGGGGGAAGAGCUACACGAAGAGGGAGUUGGAAGAGGACGGAGAGGACUCCCCCGUUUCUCCGUUCGGCUUAAUCCGCUCGUGAAACCCGGCCAAGGGGGCGAGAAAUCAUCGAGCUAGAACGAAUUAUGAAGGAUUCGGGUUUGGAAAUUAAUCUCGACGAUUACCUUUUCGAGAAUGCUCGCCGAUCAGUUCGUACUCGAAACGUAUCUCUCGGUCUAAUUGGUCGAUAAUCGUUUUCGAAUCCGAUCAGCCGUUUUUAAUCGCUCGUGUUUCGGUGCACCGGAAGAGAUGCGAAGCGCGAGACGCGUGUCAAGGAUCCUACGACAACGUCCAAGGAGCUGCGUCCAUCUCGUACAGCGACGAAUCGAUCCGACUUUAGAUUGAAUAGCGAGAUUGGAGCGAAUCGAUGACCCGAUCCGCCUGGUGUGAGCUCGCCGCCGCACACCUGGGUGGAACAGCGUUGAAUUUUCGCGAGGUUGAUAUGCGAGGUUCGCAAGGGUGAGACUCGACGUAGGUAGAGACGCAGGGAACAAUGACGAGCGAGGUGAACGCGACGAAGGUGGGGAGCUCGGGGGGCGCGAUGAGCCUCGUAUCAACGAUAUCCUCGUCGCCUGGAGGCUCGGUUUCAGCAGCGAUUGCGACCGCUGCCACGGCAAUCCCGACUAAUCCGUCCACGACAGUAACGGGUGGAGCUGCGGUCACGAGCACCGCUAAACCCGAUCAUCACGUCUACAACGCGACCGGCUACCUCGUGGAACACGACGAGCUCGAUCACAGUAUACUCGCCGGUUUCUCUGAUAUACAGACAGUUUUUCUAGCGUGUAUCUCGACGUUGCUGCCGUUGAUCGUCGCGCUGGGGAUCGCCUUCGGCGUCAGGCACGUGUGGAGAAAAUACCGAAACAGGCGAGACAGUUCGAGUGGAUUGCCCUGGUACAGGAGUGUAUACUCUCGAGACAAUACAGCCGAAUCCUUGCAUCAUCGCCCCCACUCGGGAGGCACCACCAUUCAAUCCGCCACGAGGAUCCUCUCUGCCCAAGACCUGGUAAACGGCCUCGAUAGACCAAGGUACGUUUGCGAGACCGAAGUCAUGGAGGAGGUGAACGUGGCAACCGCCACCCCCGUCGAGUACACGCCUCCUGGGAAUACGAAUAAAAAUGCGAAUGGGAACAUCAUCACCCUCACCUUAAAAAACAACCAUCUUAUCGUAGAGACGGAGGAGCGAGCGGUGACGAUGGAGGAUAAUAAGAAUCGCAGGUACCAGGACAACGGGUGCUCGUUCGUGGUCGAGGUGCAACCGAGCUAUCAGAACGGGGAGACGGAGGCCAACAAGGGAUCCACCGUGGACGACGUGGCAGCCGAUCAGCAAGCUCUGGUCCACAGGGAGGAAAUCGGCGAGGAUCGAACGUCGGGUUUCGAAAACACGAGGCUGUUCGGGAGCACGAACACGGGAUUGUCGCAGUCGGAUCUCUCGAUCUCUAGCCAAGGCUCGGUCAAUCCCAGCUAUCGUUACGGGAAUCAAAUGGAGUACGACUCCGGCCACUUGGGUUACCCUAUGUACGGGGGUAGUUACGAGUCGGACACGUUGUCCCGCAAGUUGGAGGGUGGCUCCAAGUGGGUGGAAUUCGACAAGUCGCCGGACACGGAGAAGACGUUGCCGUCGAAAACGACGCGCAGCAACGUGGAGGCGACGAAGGACGGCGAGGAGAGCAGCCCGUCGAUGACCGGGAAACAGAACAAUCUGGACGUUUCCCAGGGGUCGGGAGGCUCGAUGGACCAACAGGAUUCGACGGACGCGAGCAUUUCCACGGACACGGUUCGCUCGAAUCCGAAUCUCCAAGUGAACGGCGCGACACCGAGUAAAACGCAGCAGCAGAGAGCUGCGAGCAACGAGGUCGCAGGGAGGGCGGAGGCGAAUAAACCCGUGAUAACGGGAGCGUUGCUCAAGGACGAUAUCCAGGAGGACACUUUUCAGGAACAGCAGAGGAAAUUGGGUAACGGCACUCUCACCCCUGAGCACAAGGAUGGCGAAAGGAUGGGGAAGAAUCAGAAGGCCGAGACAGGGAUCUUCGUGCCGAGUCAUAAACGGAGCGGAAGCAUCCCCCCCCGAUUGAUCGAGGAAAGCCUGGAAUUGGAGUUGGAGCCGAAGAAAUCGUUGGACAUUUACAGCCAGAUCAAGACAAGCACGAAAAGCAUACUUCCAGGAUUGAGCCCCAAGUUCGAGCUUCUUCAGAACGAAGUGAGCCCCAUCGAGGAGAAGGAAAGUUAAUGGGGAUGGAUUCUUCUUCACGGUUCAACACGGUUCAACAUUUUCAAUUUCGAGGCACGAUUUGAUCUCGUUUCGAGAACCGUGAAUAUAAGAAGAGAUAAUCGCGCUGCGGAACGAUUUUCUACGAAAAAUUUUGAACAGUUUCAGGGGGUUUCUCCCCCUCCCAUCAUUUACCCUCGCUCUCCCCUCGAAUACUCGCACACAGAGCGAAAAUCAAAAUUAGACCACGAGUCGCGAGUCUUUCGCGAAUGGGAAGAAGAGGGACCCCCAUCCUCCCCCCCUCCUAAUCGAGAACGAUUUUUAUCUAACGAAAAAUUCGAAGAAGAAAAAAGAAAAGCUCAUUGUAGAUAUCUCAUCAAUUUCGACAGAUUUACAAGUCUUUUCGAAAGAAGAGACGACUCUCCAGCGAGGGGGAUACAAUCCCCCCACCCGUUCCGUAAUCGCGUAAACGAAACGAAACCGAACUAAACUAAGCUAAACUCGAACGUCGCUCGAAGAACUCUUCAAAGAGACGACGAGAAGAGGAGCGAUUGAAAAGAAGAAGAAGAAGAAGAAGAAGAAGAAGAAAAAAGAAGGCUGUCAGAAUUUUCCUCUGAUAAAAAAAUCACCAGCGGGUGGAAAGUUGACCAGGUUGAAAUUGGUCGUAUCCAAGGGGACGUAGUAAACCGUAGCUUGGAUUCGAGCCGAGCUUGUAUCCCGUUAACGACUCUAAUUCCCUUCCUCCUCCUCCUCCUCCUUCGACUGCCUCUCCCUCUCCCCCUUGGAUAAAUUCGCCAAAGCGAGGAGAUCCACGGGGAACAAUCGUCGACUAACGAACUCGACGCGCCGUCCUCCUGUGUCCGAGCAGCGACGCACACCGCAAUCGAAUCACGGGGGGAGGGGAGGAGGGUUGUCGAGAGAAGAUGAUAGUCCGCAUUUUAGUCGAAAGUGAACGAGAUUCUUUGCGCAUAAAAUUGGUUUUUUUUGGAAACGAGGGAAACGGGGAGGGAAGGGGAGAGAAGAAAGAAAGACGAAGCUUGGGAUGUUUCGAUUUCCCUCCCUCCCUUCCUCCCCCAUGCAAUUCGUUCGAACACUUUCGAACAUUGAAGAAGAUUUGAUUGAAGAAGAUUCUUCGAGCGUACGCCUCUUUGUACAACUGUCCAUCUAUCUAUCUGUCUGUCUGUCUAUCCGCGCCACGAGGGAUAUUAUACCGUACGUGUAUUACGUAUACACACGCGUAUCGAAUUUUUGUAAAUGAUUGAUGGCGAAGGAGAUCGUAUCCCGGAUAAACGAUGUUUUAAAAAAAAAAAAAAAAAAANAAAAAAAAAAGAAAAAACGAAUCAGAAUUUGCUAAGAAAUUUUCUAUUGCGCGAGGAGAGAAAAUAAGCACAGAGAGAUAGGAGGGGAUAAUUAAGCGUCGUAAUCGUAUGGAACGUUUUAUUAUUGAACGCGUCCAUGGAUAACAAAGUAAGUAAGAGUCUCUCUCUCGAACCGGCUCUCCAUGACGGGAUCUUUUUAUCUUAGAAGAAUAAUUCAAGAUGGACGAUGGAUGAAUGGAUCCGUAAAAAAAAAAUCAUAUAUAUAUAUAUAUAUACAUAUAGUUAAAUCAAACGCGAUGAGCAAGUCGGGCAGAGAGGCUUAAGAUUAACGUUACGUGGAUUCUAGUGCCAAAAUAGUUCCUUAAGGAGGUUUCUUCGAGGGCAACUCGACGAACGUAUUUGCCGAAACUAUAAACGAUACUAUACUCGAUGAUUCUCAUUAUUAUUAUUAUUAUUAUUAUUAUUAUUAUCGUCAUAAUUAUUAUUAUUAUUAUUACUUGUACGUUUCGAUGCAAAUGCUGCGUUACCAAUAUUUCAAAUUUUAUAACGCUUCCGUUAACGUUAAUAAUGCGAACGAAGUUGUUGUUGAUUGAUAUUGGUGCUAUCGCGUAUGGAUCUACAUGAGGGGAGGGGAGGGAUCGAAUAUAUUCCUCUUUGAAUUCGUUCAGCCUCCUCGUUAAUCGCGAUCAGAUGAGAGAAUCUUCCUCUCCCCUUUCCCCCGAUUGUAAUUUUCCAAAUAGAAGAAGAAGAAGAAGAAGAAGAAGAAGAAGAAGAAUUCCUUUUUUUGGAGGCGGUACGUAAACGCUCGCGUUUUUUUUUUAACACACUCGACCAAUUAAUUGAAAACGAAACGGGACUCGAAUUUGCAAAAAUUUUUCGAGAUUAGUUGGAAGGUUUCACGAGGAACGAGGAAUCGCUUUCGAAACAAGAGACGAGAAACAAGCAAACCCGUUCGACCAACAGACACAAUUCCUCGCCUCCUCGUUCAAUUGCCAUUGUCGAGCUCGAGCCGAUAAAUUGCCAUUGCACAUUGCGAUGAAAAAAGAAAAAAAAGAAAGAGAGAGAGAGAGAAAAAAGAAAAAACAACAAACCCUUGCCGAGGAAGGCAAUUAUUCACCACGUCCGCGUAAAGAUAAUAGAGCGUAGCUACAUCUAUCUAGCGAUUAAGUAUCGUACGUAAAAAAAAAAAAAAAAGAAAAAGAGAAG